GAAUCUUGCUUGAGAAUGAGAAAUUGAGAGGACAGUUCUUGAGUUCGACAACAACAACAGACUUGACAUUAGACUUAGACAAGAAUCUUUUACCUGAAUUCCUUCCAGCAGAGAACCUAGGAAGUAGAAUUGUUCUUCCACAAUGAAUAUCCUUCCGAAAAAGAGGUGGCAUGUUCGAACCAAGGACAACAUUGCUCGGGUUCGACGAGAUGAAGCGCAGGCUGCAGAGGAAGAAAAAGAAAGAGAAAGAAAAAUUAAGCUUGCGGAGAAGGAGGCUCGGCGAGAUUUGAUGCGUAUUCAGGCUCGUGCUAAGUAUGGAACCAAAGAGAUAAACAAAGAAGAAGAUGAACCAGAAGAAAAGAAUACCGGAGCUCCAUCAAGGCUAGAACACAUUAAUUUCUUUGCUGAGGAAGAGGCAGGUUUGGUCUCAAGCACAGCUGUGAACAAAGAUCAUGAGGAAGAAAAGAAACAAGAAAAAGAGAAGUAUGAAAAACAAAUUGGUUAUCUUACAUAUUUGGGACAGGACACUAAUGAAGCCACUGGAAAUGUGUCGUGGUAUAACAAGUGCCCGGACAGAGAGGAGGUUCCCAAUGAAGAAACUGGAUUGAAACACAAAAUGAUGUCCGACCCUUUAAAUUCAUUCAGAAAAUUCUGUGCUAGUAGCUUUAGUAAGAAAAGCACCCCUGCAAUAGUGUCUGCAAAGUCUUCUACUUCUGGCCAAGAUUCCAAAAGACAUGCAGAAAAAUCAUUGUCACCAGAAAGGCAAAGGAAAAGUCAUCUUUCAAAGCAAAAGCGUGAAAAAUCCUACUCACCAGAGGAAAGUCGAGAGAAAAGGAAGAAAAAUAAAGACACUAAACACAAAAAGGAGAAAAAACGAAAAUCUAGUCAUUCUAUUAAAUCAAAAUAUGACAGUGAUUCUGACGAGUGUUCAACUGGUAGACAUGCUGAUGCAGAAUCCAGUGAAGAUGAAGACAAGGCUGAGAAGAGAAGAAAGCUCGAAAAGCUACGAGCAGAGAGAUUACGGCGUGAAAAGGAGGAAAAGAAAAAAGCUGACAAACUCAUGGCCAAAGUUCACGGUGUUGCAUAUAUAGAUGAUGAUGAGAAACCACAACCAAAACCUGUCAUGAAACAACGAUAUAAUUCUCAGUUUAACCCGAAUCUAGCUAAACAGAACUAUGAGGAUCAGAGAUAUAGAUUUUAAAUGUUUUUUCAUUUGAUUGUAAUUUAACUAAGAGAAAAAAAAAGGGUACUUGCAAGAUA